CACUACCAAACUUACCAACCCCCAUACCAUUUUGCAUUCCUUUUAUACUGGCCUCUCUUUUAUUUAUUUAUUUAUUUUCUUCAUUACCCACUUCUCUUUUUUCUUGGUUGGUUAUUAUUGUUCCCUCUGUAUAUGCCUUCUUCUUACACCGAUUCUGCCUCUGCCACCCUUUUGCAUGCGCUUCUUCAUCCCGCAUUCAGAUUUGUGAUUUAAACGAUUCCUGUGUUUGUUCUGGAUCUAGCUUCUCCUUCUGCACGACCACUCGUUUGUUUCAGGGUGUUUCUCACCCUGCCGAACAUAUUCUUGAAAAUUGUCAAGUGGGCUGGUGAAGAUUCAGAUUUGUUGUUAAAAAAGUUGUGAACUUUUUCUGGCAUCAUUUGGGGUUUGGGAUAUUGAGAUUCUUGGCUCCCUUUUUGUUUGUUUUAUUUUUGUGGUGUUUCAAUGGGGUGUUUGGAUGAUGGGCGUUUCGCUGUUGAGAUUGAAAAUGGAGUGAGCAAUGGUUGCGAUGAAGUGGGGUUAGGGAAUGAUGGUGGUGCCAUUGAGGAGGCUGUCAAGGUUUUGUUGGAGGGUCUUGGGGAGGAUGUAAACAGGGAAGGACUGAGAAAGACACCACUUCGUGUUGCCAAGGCCCUUAGUGAAGGAACCAGAGGGUACAAGCAAAAGGUGAAGGACAUUGUUCAAGGUGCUUUAUUCCCUGAAGCUGGUCUAGAUAAUAGAGUUGGUCAUGCAGGUGGAGCAGGUGGACUUGUGAUUGUUAGAGAUCUUGACCUCUUUUCUUAUUGUGAGUCUUGCUUGCUUCCGUUCCAGGUCAAGUGUCAUGUGGGUUAUGUCCCCUCUGGUGAAAGAGUUGUUGGUUUGAGCAAGCUCUCUCGUGUUGCUGAUGUAUUUGCAAAACGGCUUCAAGAGCCUCAACGUCUGGCAGAUGAGAUGUGUUCUGCUUUGCAUCAGGGAAUAAAGCCUUCAGGUGUCGCUAUCGUACUUCAGUGUACACACAUACACUUUCCAGACAUAGAAUCAGUUUUUCUGGACACAAACCACGAAGGAUGGGUUAAGAUACUUGUUUCCUCAGGUUCUGGGGAUUUUGAGAACAAAAGUGCAGAUGUAUGGAACGAUUUCUUUAGUCUUCUUAAGUUCAGAGGUUUCAAUAUGGAUAAAGUUCACUUCAGAGGAUCAUCUGACCCAUGCUGGUGUCCUUCUCAGUCUUCUCUCUCAGCCAAAGUUUCCUCCAAAAUUGGACCAGUCAAUCCUACAAUGAUCUCUGCUGUAGCUUCGAUCAUUGAAUCUUUGGGAGAAGAUCCUUUGAGGAACGAGCUAAUAGGGACCCCAAGUAGAUUUGUGAAAUGGUUGAUGAACUUUCAAAACAGUAAGUUUGAUGUGAAGUUGAAUGGUUUUCUUCGUGGUGGGAUGGAUGCUUUGAAUAUAAAUGAGGAGAAUAACUUAAACAAAAAAAUAACCUCUGAGCUGAAUAUACCCUUUUGGUCACAAUGUGAGCAUCAUUUACUUCCAUUUCACGGUGUUGUUCACAUAGGAUACCUCAUAUGUGACGGAUUCAAUCCUAUUGGAAAAUCACUUCUACAAUCAAUAGUACAUUUUUAUGGUUUCAAGCUCCAAGUUCAAGAAAGGCUUACCAGGCAGAUAGCUGAAACCAUUUCCCCACUGUUAGGUGGAGAUGUGAUAGUAGUUGUAGAGGCAAGUCACACAUGUAUGAUCUCUAGGGGAAUUGAGAAGUUUGGAAGUAGUACGGCUACGAUCGCUGUGUUAGGACGUUUUUCAACUGACCCUUCUGCUAGGGCCUCAUUCUUGCAGAGUAUUCCAAGUCCUACAUCAACUGGGGAGCAAUGACUCUUGUUUGAGCUUCACUUCAAAUAAUUUAGCACUAGUUCAGAUCAUUCUUUGCACUUUCAAAUUUUACUGUGAGCAGUUAAGCAGCCCCAACAUGGUUUGAAAUUUGAAAUUAUUUAUUUUCUGGUUUGUCUUUUACAUGAUAGUCAUAUCCCCAUAAGAAAAAAGAAAGAGGGGAUUCAUCCAGAUUUAAGUACUGGCAUACAGUUCCUAGAAUGUUAAUGAUGUUAGUGUACCUGGAAGUUAUUGGAAUGUUGGGUGUUAUUCAAAUGCUU